UUUACUAAUUCAGUGACUGCAGAAACCGAAAUAGAAGUUUCAAGAUAUAACAGUUCCCGUGAAUGAUUCAGUAUCUAUUUCGAUUGUAAAAAAGUUACGGUUGGACACUAACUACUGGAUCUGACUAAUCAAAUAAUAUCAAGACUUGUAUUAUAUGGACUGUUGAUACAUUGUUUAGUUAUAUUUAUUUUGUGGCAAAGCAACUAAAUCAUUUAAUGGAGAUUUAGUACUACCUGAAACACUGGAAACAAAGAACAUGCCUGAAUUCUUGGAUAUUGAUGGAAGCGUUAUGGAAGGGGGUGGUCAAGUGAUUCGUUUGUCCAUAUCACUGAGUGCACUAUUGUCAAUACCAGUGCGUGUAUCGAAGAUCAGAGCUGGCCGAGAGAAACCAGGCUUGAGAGCUCAACAUAUGACAGGUAUCAAGCUAGUGGGGGAAAUGUGUCAAGCUCAACUAAAAGAUGUAUUUGUGGGGUCCACGCAGAUUGAGUUCACACCAGGGAAGAUUAGGGGAGGCCACUACAAGGCUGAUAUCAAAACUGCCGGUACAAUCAGUCUUUUAAUGCAAGUGGCGCUACCCUGUGCCCUGAUGGCCGACGCGCCGGUGACGCUGGACCUUCGUGGGGGCACGAACAUUGAAAAUGCACCACACGUGGACUAUAUGGACAUGAUAUUUAGGCCGCUCCUACAGAAAUUCGGCGCCGACUUUACUUUACAAAUACACAAAAGAGGGUAUUUUCCAAAGGGCGGUGGUCACGUCACCAUGACCAUCACUCCCAUCAAGCGCUUGAACAGCAUCACGCUGCUGGACCCCGGCACCGUCUCCACUGUGAAGGGAAUCAGCUUUGUAGCUGGUGUGCUGCCUCUGAAGUUGGCAAACGUAACAUGCGAGGGUUUUAAAGAAAAACUCCAGAACGAAUGCAAGGAGCUAAACAUACGUUGUUAUAAAGAGGAUACGGAGAUUUCACCUUAUAGCUGUUGCGGCAUGGUCGUGUCGUGCUCACUGAGUGGCGGGGAUAAUGGCAGUGGUGGGUAUAUAGUAGGGGGUAAUGUCUUGGUGCCUCGAGGGGUGAAGGCAGGGCAGGAAGAGGCGAGGAAGGCGGGACAGCAGCUAGGUGACCAACUCGCCGCUACACUUCGCGCCCGCUCUUGUCUUGACCAUCACGCGCAGGAUCAAGUAAUUCUAUACAUGGCGUUAGCGGACGGAAAAUCUGCGGUGAGGACUGAAAAGUUGACAUUACAUACUAAAACGGCAAUACAUAUCGUUGAAUCAAUCACCAAGAUAAAGUUCAACGUUCAUUCAAAUGAUGAUCACGACAUAAUAGAAUGUGAAGGCUUGGGGUACACGAAUGAAAAUAUUAAAGGUUUAAAACGCUCGAAUAGCAGCCUCGGCGAAUCUAAUGAUGACAUUGAAGAUACCAAACGUAUUAAAACUAUUCCUAGCUAAAAGGCGAUAACAUGUAUAAAAAGGCUACAAAAUAAUUACAUAUCUACAAUCUAAACGGCACUGAUAGAAAUACUUGAAUAAAUACUUCUUUGCAAAUAUACCUAC